GAUUUUGGUUGGAUGUAGUGGCAUGACUGCUUUAUGGAAGCAUCCAAUCGAUUUGUAUGUGUAUGAGUGUCUGUGUGCAAAAAUGCAUGUAAACCAUCGAGUCAUUUGACAUUUAAACCAUUGUAAUUUUAUACACUGAAAGCCAAAAUCUACCUAUGUUUCGAUUGGUGCCCAUGUAUUUGUGUGGCUGUAUAAAUUGUGUGAAGACAUUUGUUUUUUUUGUUCAAUCUGAAUAUUUUGUAUACAAAACUCUUUCAUUUUGGACGAUUAUUUUAUGCGCGUUUUCGACUUUUCGCCACACAAUUCGCACCGAUUUAUUUGAAAUAAAAUUCACGACGAAAUCGUUAACGAAAGCGAUCGCAUAUCUAAAAUUGCGUUUAGUGAAGUGUAAACAAAGCCUGAAAUUCACAUGUGCAUGCAUUUUUUGAAUGCAUAAUUUAUUUCGUAUAUGCAGCGGACGGUUUUUUUUUGUUUGUUUGUGAGCGCGCGUGUUAAUUUUUUUGCCCAAAACGGCAGGCAACCCAAAAUUUCCGAACAAGAACGCAACCCGUGCAAUUGGUGAUUCGUUGCUUAGAUUUAUGGAAUUGUUAUUCGCUUCCUGCUAUUCGCAUAUUUUACUUUGUGUGACUGCAACAUUUAUUGGCGCCCCAUUGAAUUUCACGGAUUGCUGCUGGUUUCUAAAGUGAACAUGUCGUCGAGGAAAAACACAAACGAAAGUGCAUCCAGUUCGAGGAGUAAUCGAAACACUAGCUCCGAACUCAAUUCCAGCGAUGAUAAACUGUUUGAGCCAUCGCUGGAAAUGAUGGUCAAUGAUUUUGACGAUGAAAGUACCCUUGAACUGGAAGAGAAAAUGGCAUCUACCGAAGCUCAAGAUCCAAAUGCUGAAUUGAAUAGUUUACAGAAAGAAGGAGACAUGCCAAUCGAGGAACUUUUAGCAUUAUAUAAUUGUGUACCACCGACAAUCCAAACAUUCUCAUCAUCGAGUGGAGGGAAACGACGAUCGAAAACAUCACGUAAUGCUGGAAUUGAUAAAACGCUUAUGCCACCGCCUGAUACGCCGAAAACCUCAACUGAUACAUCGUCCAGCGAAAAGGCGAAAGAUGAACAAUCCGAAGGUGCUGCAAUAGCUGAAACAGAAACACACACAAAAACAGAAACAGAAAAAGAAACAGAAACAACAACAGAACUACAACCAGACACUAAGCCUGAAUCAAAUAUAGAACUAGAGACACAAACGAAAACCAAACCGAGCACUGAUGCAACUGUCAAUGAAGAGAAAGAAUCGAAUGAAGAAAAUCCAUCCGAUGAAAGUAAACACGAAAAUGACGAAGAAAUUAACACAUCAAAAGUGGACAAGGUACAGCCACCAGAAAGUGAAAUUGAAGAGGAGACGAAAGGAGUGUCAACGGAAACGAAUAGCAGCGACAAGGAAAAUAGUUCAAAACAUGAAAACGAAUCCAAUGGUUCUGACCAUAAGGAGAGUACUGACACAGUUGCACAUGAAACUAAAGAUGACGAUAAAGACAAAAAAUCACAAACUGAUUCAAUUAUCAAGAACGAAGAACACUCGAAAAAGGCCAACGACGCUGAAACCAUCGAAGAAACAGUAGACGAAGAUGACGACGAAUCUGAAGAAGAAGAAUCUGAGCUGAAAAAAUUGUAUCCUGAAACGUAUAAACCCAAUGAGCCACGAUUAUUACGAGCCAAUUCGCAACCAAACAGCGAUGAUGAGGAAGAAGAAGACAUUGAUUACAGUCCAGAAGAGGAUGAAUUUAAAAAGAAAAUAAUGGUGGGAAGUGAGUAUCAGGCGCAAAUACCGGAGGGUCUUUGUCGAUACGAUGAUGCACUGCCGUAUGAAAAUGAAGAUAAACUAGUGUGGGAUCCGUCCCAAUUACAAGAAUGUGAUAUUGAAUCGUAUUUACAAAAGGCAAGCAUACCGGUAAUCGUGGGUUCACCAUCGUCCAAUUCACCGGCAUCGCCAACGUCACAGAGUUUACAACCGAAACCGCUAACAUUGCCAAACGGAUUACAUCUCCGUGACGAUGAGGGUUCAUUAUUCUUGCUGUUACAGUGUGGUCAUAACACAGAGGAGGCAUUGCGUCGAAGGCGAUUGAAUGCAACAAUACCUCAGACAGCGGUGGCAGUAGCUGCAACGGCAUCAAAUCAGUCGCCAUCCAUCGAAAAUACGCUGUGGUCAGAAGAAGAGUGUCGUAACUUUGAGAGUGGUUUGCGUGUGUAUGGCAAAGAUUUUCAUGCGAUACAACAAUCAAAAGUGCGAACGCGAUCAGUUAGCGAGCUUGUUCAAUUUUAUUAUCUAUGGAAAAAGACCGAACGACAUGACAUCUUUGCGAAUAAGGCGCGUCUUGAAAAGAAGAAAUACAACCUACAUCCUGGCCUCACUGACUACAUGGACCGUUUUCUCGAGGAACAAGAAAAUAAUGGUGGCAUCAGUAUAAGCAACUCAUCAAAUAACAUCAUCACCGGAGUGUCUCAUGGAAACAACAAUGGAAACGAGCGUACAAGUCGUGAUCGAAGUAUGUCACCGGUUAUAAAUAGUUUACUGUAUACGGAUUGUAAGCGUCAACGAAUGUCUGAGUAAGGGAAAUAAUCGUUUUGAUGCAGCGGCCACAUCAUUUACACUCAUCAGAAUCACACACACACACAUACACUCACACUCAAAUACAUCAAUCGUCUCCGAUGCUGUAAAUGAAAAACACUCCUAAAACAUCACAUACAGGAUCUGGAAGAUCACUUAAAAAAAAAAUUCACCCGGAAUCCAUCAUAAAAUGAUGCUCAAUCAAUAGCAUAUUGUGCGCAAUCAAUGCCAGCCAUAUAACUUGAGAAGCACUUCACUAGACGCUAUGUUUUCUUUUCUCUUCUUCUUCUUCUUCAUCGACUAUUCGUCUCCUUUCUCUUCCCCCUAUUCGUGCGCCAUAUAAAUUAUCUCUUAAAAGCAGUAUACAUAGAAUGGGCGACACAAGGGAGUAGCAACGACAAUUCAAUUAUUUGACUGUCAUGUUAAUGCAGAUGAUCGUUGUUGUUUAUUGAGUUUGUUUUUUGGGGGUGACAGCGUACGCAAGCAAUCCUGAGUUUUCAAAUUCCGAUACUGAUUCACAAUGCCAAUAUGUCACCUCAGCUCCUGAACUAUACAAAUACGAAUCAAAAAAAAUAGACAUAGAAAUUAUGUGCUUUAUGUUUCGGUUAAUUGAUUUUGCAUACGGAGAAAAAAUUGUUAUUCUUGUCUCAUCGAUGAAAAUCGGUUGCUUCACUGUUUUUGUUAUAUUUCCCAUAGAAAAAUUGUGACAAUGUUUUUAAACUUUUAUUUUCUUUGUAAUCAGCUGGAUCUGUUUUGAAGCUAUUUAAAUGACACAUAUAUAUUGAAUGCAUAAAUAACCCAUCGUCAUCAUAAAUCCGGAUUCGGUGUCAAAUCGACCCUACAAAUACUUAAAAAUCAAAACGAAAUUGAAAACAGAGCACCUAAACAGUUAAAACCGUUUUGCCAGUGUAUUUUUUUAUCAUCUUUUUUUUUUCCUUUCACAAACAUCCAACUACACAUAUAUUAAUGAACAAAUUUAAAGUAAAGAAUGACGCGUUAGAAUUUAUUUUAAGCAAGAAAAUGAAAACAAAAAAAACUAUUAUAUUUCGUAAAAGAAGAAAACUGAAAAUAAAUAAUUACUAGAAUCGUAAAAAAA